ACAACUACUUGUUUCAUUGGACUGGAUUCAUCAGAUUCAAAAUGCAACCAGCAAGGAGAGAGCCACGAUACAGUGUGCGGGAUGUCAUUGAAAUGGUCCAAAAUGGAGAGAGUGAGGUGGAGAUGGAAAGCAGUGACACCGAUGAAAGUGAUGAAGACUCUGAUGAAGAUUUCUGUAAAGAAGUGGACAAAGAAAACCAACCACCCAUGGACUGUCCAGCUGAUAAUUACGUGGACACCGAGCCAAAAACAAACAAACACACCAUGUCCCGUGACGGGUAUCGCUGGCUGAAAAAAGAUUUCAUCAGUCCCAACACUGAUUUUUCUGGUCUGGAUAUCACAGCAGAUGACAUUUCCCUCCACACACCAUUGGAAUACUUCCAGAAGUUUGUGUCCGAAGACAUGGUUGAGGCUCUGGCACAAAACACGAAUGAUUACAGCUUUCAGGAGCGUGGAACAUCUGUAAACACCACUGCAAAGGAAAUCGAAAAAAUGCUUGGCAUGUACCUGAAGAUGGGCCUGGUACAAAUGGCUGGAACCCGUAUGUAUUGGGAGACAGAGACGCGGUACUCCCCUGUUGCUGAUGUGAUGCCACGCAACCGAUUCCAAUCCCUGUUGACGUCAUUACAUUUUGUAAACAACAUGACAGUAUCUGAGACGGAAAAGAAAGACAAACUAUGGAAACUCAGACUGUGGCUUGAUUCAUUCAGAGAGAAAUGCCUGCAGGUGGUACCAGAAGAGCACAACUCUGUGGAUGAGAUGAUGAUUCCUUUCAAGGGGAAAUUCAGCAGCAUCAAGCAAUAUAUGCGAGGCAAGCCAAACCCAUGGGGAUUCAAAGUGUGGGUGAGAACUGGAAUCUCUGGCAUGAUGUGUGACUUUGAUGUCAAAUGGUAUGACAGCAGGGCCGUCACACUUGUGUCAUCCUUUGCUGGACCUGAACCUGUGCAGAAGAUUCAACGCUGGGACAAAGCCAACAGAACCUACGUUGAAGUUGAGAGGCCUUACAUUGUUGGUGCAUACAACAAGUACAUGGGAGGUGUGGAUUUGUUGGACUCAUUUGCAGCCAAAUAUAAGUUCCCCAUCAAAUCCCGUCGCUGGUACAUGUACAUCUUCUGGCACACCAUCAUCCUCGCUGUGGUCAAUGCCUGGCUGCUCUACAAGCGGGACUGUAAAGCGCUCAAGAUGUCUAGCAAAGAGACAAUGAACAGGAGACAGUUUCAGGCACAGCUAGCAUCCUCUCUCAUCCUGGUAAACUCAACACUUCAAACUCCAAAGAGAGGACGGCCAUCUUCAGGCGAAGGGAGCCCAGAAACACAGACAGUGACAUCAGGAAGCCCUCUGAAUGCUCAGAAGAGGCCAUCCAAGAGAUGUGCACACCUCCCAUUGGAUGUACGCAACGAUCUAGUUGCCCAUUUCCCAAGGAAGACAGGGAGAGGACGCUGCAGACACUGCAAUAAAGGAUACACCAACACACAAUGCAGAAAGUGUGAUGUUCGCCUUUGCUUUACAGACCACAGGGACUGUUUUUGGGACUUUCACCACCAAUGAAAGUCUUCAUGACCAAUGUCAUGAAAAGAAAAAAAGAGGGGGAAAAAGUGUUUUUUAAGAGUUUUAUCUUGUUUAAUAUUUUUUA